GGGCCGAGCAGGGCGAGUGCCAGGCUGGGCCACGAGACACAGCUUCUUGCCAGGGUCCUGGAGCUUCCUCUUCCAUAGCCACUUCCGUGUGAUCGGGGCCCCAGAGGCAGGAGCUUCGACCCGUUGCCCAGGCCACCCUCCACCCCCAGUUCGGAGCCCUGCCUCCCUGGGGCCGGGCCAAGCCCAGAGGCUGGCUUGGGAUCCCAUGGGGGGCUGGUAGAGGUCUUGGGGGACAGAGGCGGCUGGGCCAGAGCCCUGGGGCUCCGGCCAUGAAGUCUCGGCAGAAAGGAAAGAAGAAGGGCAGCUCCAAGGAGCGGGUGUUUGGGUGUGACUUGCAGGAGCACCUGCAGCACUCAGGCCAGGAGGUGCCCCAGGUGCUAAGAAGCUGUGCAGAGUUUGUGGAGGAGUAUGGAGUGGUGGAUGGGAUCUACCGCCUCUCAGGGGUCUCCUCCAACAUCCAGAGGCUCCGGCAGGAGUUUGAGGCAGACCGGAAGCCAGACCUGCGUCGGGAUGUUUACCUCCAGGACAUUCACUGUGUCUCCUCCCUGUGCAAGGCCUAUUUCAGAGAACUGCCAGACCCCCUGCUCACUUACCGGCUCUAUGACAAGUUUGCUGAGGCUGUGGCAGUGCAGAUGGAGCCUGAGCGCUUGGUCAAGAUCCUAGAAGUGCUUCGAGAACUCCCUGUCCCAAACUACAGGACCCUGGAGUUUCUUAUGCAGCACUUGGUCCACAUGGCCUCAUUCAGCGCCCAGACCAACAUGCACGCCCGCAACCUGGCCAUUGUGUGGGCCCCAAACCUGCUCAGGUCUAAGGACAUAGAGGCCUCGGGCUUCAAUGGGACAGCAGCCUUCAUGGAGGUGCGUGUGCAGUCCAUUGUCGUCGAGUUCAUCCUCACACAUGUGGACCAGCUCUUCGGGGGUGCUGCCCUUUCUGGUGGUGAAGCGGAGGGUGGAUGGCGAUUGCUUUCAGGGGCCCGGGCAUCAAACAGCACCGAGGACUUUAUGCCGAGGUCCCUCCCCCACCACCUGCCUAGCAUUCUGCAGGCUGGCGAUGGACCCCCACAGAUGCGGCCCUAUCACACUAUCAUUGAGAUUGCUGAACACAAGAGGAAGGGGUCUUUGAAGGUCAGGAAAUGGAGAUCCAUCUUCAAUCUGGGUCGCUCUGGCCAUGAGACAAAGCGUAAACUUCCACGAGGGGGUGAAGACAGGGAGGACAAGUCUGGUAAGGGGACACUGCGGCCAGCCAAGAGCAUGGACUCAUUGAGUGCUGCAGCUGGGGCCAGCGAUGAGCCAGAGGGGCUGAUGGGACCCAGCCGUCCUCGGCCAAGCCCGCUGCUUCCUGAGAGCUUGGAGAACAAUUCUGCAGAGGCAGCAGAGGGCGAGCAGGAGCCUGAGGCAGAAGCACUGGGUGGCACGAACUCUGAGCCAGGCACACCACGAGCUGGGCGGUCAGCAGCCCGGGCUGGAGGCACCAGCCGUUCAGAGCGCUGUGCUGGCGUCCACAUCUCAGACCCCUACAACAUCAGCCUCCCCCUACAUAUCACCUCUAUCCUCAAUAUGCCCCCAAACAUCAUCUCCAAUGUCUCAUUGGUCAGGCUCACCCGUGGCCUUGAGUGCCCUGCCCUACAGCACCGGCCAAGUCCUGCCUCUGGCCGCGGCCCUGGCCCCGGCCCUGGCCCCGGCCCCCCAGAUGAGAAGUCGGAGGCAAGUCCAGCUCCAGGUUCCUUGGCUGACUCAGGCCCAGCGGACAUGGCUCCUGCCCUGGAGGACUCCCUGUCCCAGGAGGUGCAAGAUUCCUUCUCCUUCCUAGAGGACUCAAGCGGCUCAGAGCCUGAGUGGGUGGGGGUGGAGGAUGGGGAUGUGGCCAAGGCAGGAGCAGCAGGAGCAGCCUUCUCCCCUGGGGAGGACGACCCUGGGAUGGGCUACCUAGAGGAGCUCCUGGGAGUUGAGCCUCAGGUAGAGGAGUUCUCUGUGGAGCCACCCUUGGAUGACCUCUCUCUGGAUGAGGCACAGUUUGUCCUAGCUCCCAGCUGCUGUUCCCUGGACUUUGCUGACCCCAGGCCUGAAGCAGAGGAGGAAAGUGGGGAGGAAGUCUUCCUGAGUGCCUACGAUGACCUAAGUCCCCUUCUGGAGCCCAAACCCCUGAACUGGGAAAGUCUAGGGAGUCUGGAGGAAAAGGCAGCAGGGUAUGCAAGACAGGCUCCAGGGCAGGCUGAGGGAGAGGAGGCAUGCAUGGAAGUUGGGGAGAGUGAGGAGGCUGAGCCUGGAAACAGAUGGGACAUGAGGGAGGAGGCCGAGGGGAGUCCAGAGACCAAGGUAGAGGCUGGAGGGUCAGGUGAGGAAGGAGUGGAGGCUGAGGGAGGCCAAGAUGUGAUGGGCAGUUUGAGAGAAGGGAGUGGGGAAGAGACAGAGGCCAAGUCCAAAAGUCAGAAUGAAGCUGAGAAUAUGGAGGAGGCUAAGGGUGUGGAGGAACCAGGAGGAGAGCAGAGUAAAGAUGAGGAGAAGGAAACAGAGACUGAGAGAAAAGAAGAGGCUGAAGGAGGAGAGGAGACCCAGGUAGAAGCUGGAAAGGACCCAGAGUAUGGGGCCCAGGAACACCAAGUUGAUGAGGAGAGCUGGGAAGUUGUAUAUAAACAAGAGGCUGAGGGAGGCAGACAAGAUGAUGUCAAAGGACAGAGAGGGGAUGGGGGUCAAGAGGCAAGAGAAGACCAAGGAAAUGAUGAAGACAUCAGAAUCCCAGAGGAAGCAGCUGGAGGAGGUGCAGGGGAGGUCAGCAAGGAAUGGGACAGAGGGGAUGGAGAGGCUGAGGGAGACCAGAGGGCCAGAGGCCACCAUUUUGAAGAAGGCACCCUCCCUGAAGGGUCAGGUGGAGAGUCCCUGGGAGUUAACAGUGCCAAAGCGGGCAAUGACCAGCCCUCUGAUGGGGAACAAGCGGCCCCACAGCCACCCCAGCCAGAGGAGAUGGAGCCUGAGGGGCAGCUCCGUCCGGAGGGCUGUGAUCUGUGCCCCUGUUCCCCUGGCUUAGCAGGUGGUGUAGGCAUGCGCCUGGCUUCCACCCUGGUUCAGGUCCAACAGGUCCGCUCUGUGCCUGUGGUGCCCCCUAAACCGCAGUUUGCCAAGAUGCCCAGUGCACUGUGUAGCAAGAUCCAUGUGGCACCUGCAAACCCAUGUCCAAGGCCUGGACGGCUUGAUGGGACUCCUGGGGAAAGGGCUUGGGGGUCCCGAGCGUCCCGCUCCUCCUGGAGGAAUGGGGGCAGUCUUUCCUUUGAUGCUGCUGUGGCCCUGGCCCGGGACCGCCAGAGGACUGAGGCUCAGGGAGUUCGGCGGACCCAGACCUGUACUGGAGGUGGGGAUUACAGCUUCAUCCCCAGAACCGUCCCCUGUAGCAUGAUCGCUGCCCAUUCUCAUCGGCCCCUUAGCUGCCUGGAGCAGCCAUCUGAAGGCUCAGAAGGAUCUGGAUCCCGGAGUCGGCUUAGUCUGCCCCCCAGAGAACUCCAGCCCCCUGAUCCCCUUAUGCCCCCCCAGCGCCGAACGUAUGCAUUUGAAACACAGGGUAACCUUGGGAAAAGUGAGGAACUGUGAUUAGGACUUGGGCAAUGAGACUAGUAGUAAGCUGUCUUGAAUCUCCAGGGUCCCUGACCUAACUCUACAGGCUUUGGCCUCUUGCUUCUCUUUUUGACUGUGGGAGGCCACAGGUUAGUUCGUUUACCUAAGCUUGUCUAAGACAGAAAGCACUUAUCCCUUAGGAGAGUCCUAAGCAAGUUGCCAAGAUCCUGUUCCCAGGGAGUGGGGUUAUUGGCUAAAGGGAACAUAGCCGGUGCCAUCAAGUCGAUUCCAACUCAUAGCGUCCCUAUAGGACAGAGUAGAACUGCCCCACAGGGUUUCCAAAGAGUGGCUGGUGGAUUUGAACUGCCGACCUUUUGGUUAGCAGCCGAACCCUUAACCACUGUGCCAACAGGAACAUAGGUUGGCAGAAAACUUAGAUGUUUUCCAAAGUGAAGAAUGGAGGGGGAAUUCCAGCCAAGUUCCUGCUUUCCUCUGAGGCUAUGAACCUUCAUGGAAGCUUAAGGUGAAGUGGGGUGGGCAGGGUCAGGUCAGAGCCUACCACACACAAACAUUCUGUGUUGCCCAUCCCUGUUCUGUUCCCAGACCCUUGACUAGUUCCUGACCUGCUGAGCUUCGGAUUAGGGAGUAACUUGUCCAGGAAGCUCUUUGAAGGCUUCCGUGUUUGUUGGGAAGACUGAUGAUCUUUCCAGCUCACCCACCCUCUGUCACCAGUCACCUUAAAGAAGAGGGGUCCUCUACAGAUCUCUCUGGCCUCUCCUUUUCCCUUUGAAAUAACUUCCUCUCUCUGCUUCAGUUAAGAUUUACAGCCUUGGAAACCCUAUGGGAGCAGUUGUACUCUGUCCUAUAUGGUCACUAAGAGUUGGAAUCGACUCGAUGGCAGUGGGUAUGGUUUUGGUUAUCUUAUGGAAGGGAAAUGGGGCCACGGGGCUGCUUUUUCAGACCGGCUGAGCCACAGGUUCCACUCCAGUAAGGGGCAAUGUCUCUGAAUAAAAGUUGUAUCUUUACACGUAAA